CAUCCGAACCUCUUUAUCCUCACGAGCGUUGUGGGCGUGCUGAGCCUAUUCCAGUGGUCUUCGGGCGAUAGGCGGGGUACACCCUGAACUGUUCACCACUCAUUCACGUACCAACAACUAUAAUUCCAGAUUUAUUUCUCCCAUCUUCCUUGCCGUCUAUCCUCCCUUUCUUACUUGCAUCCAUCCUUACUCCUCCUUUCCUUGUUUUCAUACAUCAACCCUAAUUCUUACGUCCUUUAACUUUCCUUCUUCCUUUCAUUCUUUCCUUGCGACCAGCUGUCAUCCCUGCCAAAUGACCUUCCAUCCUUCCUUAUUCAACUUUCCUUUCAUACAUACAUUUUUCCCCUCAUCGCUUCUUUCCCCUAAAAUCACUGCUCUCCAUGCUACCUUUCACACUUCCAACUAAUUCCUACAUGCCUACUUUACUUCCUCCAUUCUUUCCUUUCUUGCACUUUUCCUUCUGUCAGUCCUUCCUUUUAUUCAUUGACCCAUCCCUUUCUUUCCUUCCAUCCUUCCUCCCGAUUUCCUUCCUUUCACACAUCCUUUGUUCUCUCUUCACUAUCUCGCAUCCUUUCAUACCAACCAUCCUUGUUUUCACCCUAUAUCCUUCUUUGGUGUCCUUCCUUUGUUGGCUCCUAUCUACCUUCUUUCUGAGCAUCCUUAAUUUUUCCGUGGCAACUUUUUGUUCAGUUCGCCGACCAUGUAUUUAUUGGACUUCACUACUGCCUUACAUUAGGAUAGUCAAAGACUACGGCGCGUUCCGGCUUACGUACAUAGGCGUCCCCACCGCAACUCCUUCGCAAACCAAGGACCCUGUACUGGAUAGUUAAAAGUUCAGGUAGUGGUUAAAUUCAAUAUAGAUUGUGUACGAAGGAAAGACUUGCACAGUAGGCCAACUUGUGUGUGUACACAACGUGUGACGAAUGAAUGCGGUCUAAGUGUCACGUGUCGUCGCGGGCCAGCCAGUUUGACAUCUUCGCUUUUCCCCAAGUGACACUUCUCACACACGUCGACAACUACCGGACGUGCACCAACAGAAAAGCGGCUAUGGCGAACGACGACAGCCAUCCAACUUUAGACUUAUUGCUGAGUGAGUAGACCGCACUCGAAGGUUUAUCGACUCAGUUUUGGUUGACUUUGGUUCCCUUGGCGCUUCGCAUUUCAGUUUUGACGCAAUGUCAGUGAACGUAUCCCCUGAUGGCUUCUGCUCUGCGCACGUCGCGUCUCGUGACAUCCCUAUCGGGCCACGGACCCGACCAACCAGGAGGACAGAUGGGACUGCAUCCAGGCCUUCUUUCAAUCGGUCAACCAGGAGACUGAUGGUCCACAGGUCGCUCUCAGCCUUCUUGCUCAUAAAAUCCAGUCUCCUCAAGAAAAAGAGGCUCUUCAAGCUCUGACUGUUCUCGAGGCGUGCAUGAACAACUGUGGCAAGAGGUUCCGCGGCGAAGCAGCUAAGUUUCGAUUCCUCAACGAGCUCAUCAAAGUGUUGUCGCCAAAGUACUUUGGUUCGUGGACUGCCCAGACGGUUAAAGAUAGGCUGACUCAGGUUCUUUACGGUUGGACACAGUGGCUCAAAGAGGAAACCAAAAUUCAGGACGCCUAUUCCAUGCUCAAGAAACAAGGGGUCAUCAAAAAGGAUCCCAAGCUACCAGAUAAAGUCAUCAUGGCCCCUCCACCUCAACGAGCCACCGACUCCGUGUUUGACCAAGAGGACAAGGCGACGCUCCUUGCCAGAUUAUUAAAAAGCCGACGUCCCGAAGACUUGGAGACUGCUAACAGGCUCAUUAAAAGCACAAUGAAAGAGGAGGAGGAGAAAGCGGAGAAAGCAACCAAGCGUGAAACCACUCUAAAGGCGGUGGAAAGCAGCACCAAGCAGCUCAGAGAGAUGUUGGAUGAGCACACUGAAGCACCUUUACAGCCCACUGAUGAAUUAAAGGACCUGUAUAAGAGCUGCGAGCGGCUGAGGCCGAGCCUUUUCCGGCUGGCUAGCGACACGGUGGAUGACGACGAGGCACUGACGCAGAUCCUGGCGGCCAACGACGAACUCACGCUGGCGGUGAACGCCUACAAGGAGCGAACGGGGGGGCGAGAGUGUAACCGAAGAAGUAAAAGUGAAGAAGCGGUGACGCCAAAAAAUAAGAUUCCCACAAGGACCCAAGAGAUCAAGAGCUACCACCUCAUCGACCUCUCGGCUCUGGACUCGCCUCAGACAGACAGGAAAGCUGACUCGCCUUUGUCGUUCGCCUCCUCCUCGCCUGUCUUCUCCUCUUUUAGGGAAAGCACCUGCAACUCUGCGGCUUUGCAGAGCACUCCGCAAUCAGAGUUACUUCUUUUGUCUCCAAAGUCGUAUUGUGACGAGCUGAUGCAGCUCAACGGAGCAGUCGAUCCAACAAAUGAGCAAAGGGGCCCCUUGCUGAGAGCCCGUGGAUGCGGGGAUAAUGGUUCUUCUUCAUCAAAUGAAAACAACAUAUGGUCACAGGAUCAACAGUUCACAAGUUCAGGAUCUGACUCAAGUCCCCCUCACCCUCCGGCACCUUCGGAAGACGGCUCUUGUCCGCAGCAUGUGCUGAAAAAUAUCUUUGUUCCCAUGGAAACCAUCAAGUCUAGUCAGCUGAAGCCUAUCACCAUAUACGACCAGGGCGGCAUUCGCAUCUCGCUUCAUUUCACCAGGGACUCGCCUCCCGGUCAUCCUGACGUCGCCGUGGUCGUCAUAUCCGCGGUGAACACUUCCUCCCUGGACGUGAAACAUUUCGUGUUUCAAGCUGCUGUCCCGAAGACGAUGUCGGUGAAACUUCAACCCUCAUCAACAACACAUCUGCCACCAUACAACCCCCUGCAGCCUCCGCCUGCCAUUGCCCAGGUCAUCCUGUUAGCUAAUCCGCACAAGUGUAAAAUGCGCCUGCGCUACAAGCUCACUCUGACACACGGACGCCAACAGCUGAAUGACAUCGGAGAGAUACAAAACUUGCCGGACUGGACGUCUGUGAUUGGCUGCUGAAAACACCACGCGCAUCCAGACACACAAACACACAUUCACUCCCACUCCGUCUCUCUCAAACCAACACGCUCACGGGCUCGUAAGCUUCAAGAGCCUCAAAAUCACAAUGGGGACUUUUAUAUGCAUCCAAAUGUUGAGACUUUUCUCCCUUAUUCGGCCUGUCACGCUUUUCAAUACUUUUGUAACAUUCUCCAUCAUGUCAUAAGAAGGGCGCUUUGAAAUUAGUCCUGAAACUGCAGGUGCUGAUUUGUUUUUUGGUAAAAAAAAAAAAGAAAAAAAAAGAUACCAUUUUAUCUAUGCAUUUUUUUUGUGUCAUUUAGUGUUGUUGGAAUUAUUCAGGCUCCAUCGUGCCAAUUAUGUACUUUGUAUUUUGCAUCUGAAGCCUUAUCUGUCUCCAUGAAUAACUAACUGUGAAUAAAACAAGACCAGAUCAGUGUUCACCGU